ACUGAGUUCAUUGGAUUGUGGAAAGCAGUCACAGCAUCUAUUACUGAACAAGACUUCACAACCCAAUGGAAUGAAUUUUUAAAAUGUGCACAUGCUGCUCUUAAAAAGUGUUUGCAAACAUCCACAGGUGAUCUUGAAUCAGUACAUCAUAAGAUCAUAUUGCAAGUAAAAUCUCAGGCAAGGGAAAUCCAUGCAAUGAUCUCUUCUGAAUGUCUAAGAAAGAUCCAUGAUGAGUUGAUUAAGGCAUCAAAUGCAACUCCAGAUUCAUCUCUGGAUCCUUGCACAGGAGGUCUUACACGUCCUGUCAAUGGUGACCACACUGACCUUUGGCUUCUUUUCAAUAUCUUACACAACAAUACCAAUUCUGGCCACCACAUCAACAAGCUUGCUGCUUGUAUUCAGUUGGAAAAAUUGUCUUCUGCUCUUCCUGAUGUAUUGGAAAAUCCUGCAAUUAUGACCAAAUUUCAAGAAAAAUCUGAAGAGUGGAGUAAGAGACAAAAGCAGAAAUUAUUGGCCAAGAUAAAGGAGUUAGAAAUCAAUUCAACAUGUCAAAUAAAAACUGAAGAACUGAGUGAAAGUAAAGAUGAAAGAAGUAGGCCAAUAAAGAAAAUCAUGGAGCCUUCCUCAUUACCAACUUUUGCAGGGCGUAAAGUUUCAUCGUUAAGGGGGACUUCACGAAUACCAUCUCCAUACAUAGCUAAUAAUACUAAUAAUAAACUACAAUUGAUGCUACAACCGGAUGAAGAAGAAGAGGAAGAGUUGCCGAUUUAUAACUCAUCGCCAAAUCGGCGUCCAAUGAACGCAUACGGUGUGCCAUCACGACAUUCCUCACAUUCCUCGAGAGGCGGCUCGUAUUCAUUAUCUAUAAAACCAAGUAAUCUUAACGAUAAGAUCCGUGUAUGUGUUCGUAAAAGGCCUCUUAGUAAAAAAGAACAAAAUAGAAAUGAGAAAGAUAUUGCUGUUGUUAAUGGUCAAAGAACUAUUCAGAUUCAUGAACCAAAAGUGAAAGUAGAUUUGACUAGAUAUGUGGAACAACAUACAUUUAUAUUUGACGAUGUAUUUGAUUCUGAUGCAAAUAAUGAAGAGGUUUAUAAAAGAACUGCUUUGCCAUUGGUUGAAUAUAUUUUUCGAGGUGGAAAAGCAACAUGUUCUGGAAAAACGUUUACUAUGCUUAAUGAAAAAAAUGGUCUUUAUGUAAAAGCAGCACGAGACAUUUUUGCAUUAUUACAAAAGCCAGAUUUUAGUUAUUUAGCAGCCUAUAUAGGAUUCUAUGAAAUUUAUCAGGGACAGUUGUAUGAUUUGUUAAAUCAACGAAAAAAAUUAUAUGCAAGAGAAGAUGGCAAGAAAAAUGUAAUAAUAACAGGACUUCAAGAAUAUGCAAUCGAUAAUGUUGAUAAUUUGAUGCAAGUUUUCGAUUAUGGAAACAAUAUUCGUAGUACGGGAGCAACUGGCGCGAACGAAGAUUCAUCUCGAUCACAUGCUAUCUUACAAAUGGUAUUAAAACACAAGAAAAACAGAAAGAAAUUUCAUGGAAAAUUAAGUUUUAUUGAUUUAGCAGGAAGUGAGCGAGGUGCAGAUAGAGGAGAAGCUGAUAAACAAACAAGAAUGGAAGGCGCAGAAAUUAAUAAAAGCUUAUUGGCAUUGAAAGAAUGUAUUCGAGCACUUGAUCAAGAUAAAAGACAUACACCUUUUCGACAAAGUAAACUUACGCAGGUGCUGAAAGAUUCGUUUGUGGGCAAUUCGAGAACUUGUAUGAUUGCAACGAUUUCACCAAACGUCACCAACAGUGAACAUACAUUAAAUACAUUAAGAUACGCGGACCGUGUUAAAGAAUUAAAAUCAGAAAGAGAUAGAGCAGACAGAGUUGCAGCAGGACUUGAAUUGGCAGCAAGUGAAUUGAACGAUUUAUCUGAAGAGCAACGGCAAGAAUAUUACAAACAAGCACAUGAGAAAUUGGAAGCAGAAGGAGAGUAUGAAGUUGAUUAUGAGUUUGAUGAUGAAGAAGGAUUUGAUGAUGACUAUAAUGGAGAAGAUGGGAAUAAUACAUUUGAUGAUGGUGGUGGGAAUGAUUCGGAUUUAUUUGACGAAGACUUGAUUAGUGAUGAUGAUGAUUACUUGUUUAAUGAAGAGUUACCAUUUGAUGGAUUGGCUGAUGUUGAUUUUCCCGAACAUAAUAGAGAUUUAUUAGAUGUUAGUGGUAAUAGUAGUCUCAGCAAUAGUUUUGAAAAUAAAUCGGAUACGUCAGUUGCAACUAUUUUAUCAUCAUCGUCUACAUCAUCAUUACCAAAUUUUAAUAAUAAUAGUCGCAAAUUUCUUAAGAAACAUCGACAUGAGCUUAGAAUAGCAAGUGAUGCGGGGAAAAAGGAAACAAGACUUUUAGCCCAAUUUACAAUAGACAUUAGCAACUCUAAGCAAGAUUUUAUUAAUAAUAAUGCAUCAUCAACAACGCCGACAAGGGAGAUAAAUGUGACUACAUUCAAUAAUUACUUGAAAGAAUUAGAAAGUAUAUUAGAUAUUAAAGAAAAAAGUCUAUCAGAAUUGAGAAGUAAGAUUAAACAACUUAAAAAACGAUGA